ACGUAGGAGAAGACAACAAUCUUAAACCAAAAAAAAAGGGUCUUAUUUCAAAGCUAGUAGGAAAAAACUAUUGCCGGGAUGUCACCGGCCGCCGGAAUAAACGUGCCACUCCUACCAGAACACAAGCCGAAGAUAGAGAUAAAGCAUGCAACGCUACCGGGGGCGGUGUUUAAUGUGGCAACGAGUAUAAUUGGUGCUGGAAUUAUGUCAAUUCCGGCCACCCUUAAGGUGCUAGGUGUAAUUCCAGCUUUUUUGCUAAUAGUGAUUAUUGCUAUGCUGGCUGAUGUGUCAGUGGAGUUUUUGAUGAGGUUUACACAUUCGGGUCACUCAAGAACUUAUGCUGGUGUCAUGAGGGAGUCUUUUGGUCGUGGAGGAGCUGUGGCUGCACAAGUUUGUGUCAUGGUUACAAAUCUUGGGUGUUUGAUCAUGUACCUUAUUAUUAUUGGGGAUGUCCUCUCUGGAAACCAGCCUGAAGGAGUAGUGCACUUGGGCAUUUUACAACAAUGGUUUGGCAUUCACUGGUGGAACUCGCGUGAAUUUGCUUUGCUAGUCACCGUUGUCUUCAUUAUGCUUCCAUUAGUACUGUUUCGGCGAGUAGAAUCAUUGAAGUUCAGUUCAGCAAUAUCGGUUCUACUAGCAGUAGUGUUUGUUGGCAUAAGUUCUGCAAUGGCAAUCUCUGCACUCCUGGAAGGGAAGACAGAGACCCCGAGAAUGCUACCUCACUUGGACAACCAAGUCUCAUUCUUUGACCUUUUCACUGCUGUCCCAGUCAUAGUGACAGCCUUCACAUUUCAUUUUAAUGUUCAUCCAAUUGGCUUUGAGCUUGGCAAGCCUUCUGAUAUGAUCACAGCAUGUCGAAUAUCACUAGCACUUUGUGCUGCCAUAUACUUUGCCAUUGGUCUAUUUGGGUACCUAUUAUUUGGGGAUUCAAUCAUGCCAGACAUACUUGUCAAUUUUGAUCAAAAUGCUGGUUCAGCAUUCGGUUCUUUACUUAAUCAAAUAGUUCGGUUAAGCUAUGCAUUACACAUUAUGCUGGUGUUUCCUCUUUUGAACUUCUCGUUGAGGGCCAACAUAGAUGAAUUCCUUUUCCCUAAGAAGCCUCUCUUGGCCACAGACACAAAAAGAUUUUUGUUCCUCACCCUUGUUCUAUUAGCCAUCUCCUACCUAGCUGCAAUUGCCAUCCCAAAUAUAUGGUACUUUUUUCAAUUUCUUGGAUCAACCUCUGCAGUCUGCCUAGCCUUCAUUUUCCCUGGUGCAAUUGUUAUCAGGGAUGUUCAUGGUAUAUCAACAUCAAGGGAUAGGAUUGUGGCAGCAGUAAUGAUUAUUCUGGCAGUAGUAACAAGCACAAUUGCCAUUUCCACAAAUAUAUUCAGUUUAUUUUGAAACGAGUUAUAUUUCACCCUCAACCUUUUUGAGUACGGUAGAGGUGUUUGUAUAUUUGUGUGUAUUCUUCAAAUUUUGUGGCAUGAGAUUUUAGAAUCUAAUGGCAAGAAGAUGCAGAUUAUGAUAA